UAACCAACCAUUCCGUAUGUUCCGGUAUGUUCAGUGUUUGCCAUCCUGUAGGGUUGCUUAGAAAUGCAUCAAAAUAAUCUUGACUUUCCCCUAGAAAUCUGAUUAUUUGAGCAGGGACGUUCAAUUUAAAUGUCUCCUCAUUCUCUAGACAUUUACUAAACACUGUCCUCUCAAAUUGUCUCUGACAUCAGCAGUUCUGAAUCGCGAGAAGAUGGCAAACUCUGUUGAAGAGCAGAAAUUCAGCCUAAAGGAAGUACUGGACACUUUUAGUUUAUGCCUCUCAGAAAAUAAGGAGGUAUACAUCGAACAUUACGUGGAAGGAUGGCGUGGUCUCGUUAGGUUUAUGAAUAGUCUUGGAAGUGUUUUUUCCUUCAUCUCCAAGGAUGCUGUCAACAAAAUUGAAAUUCUUGCAAAAUUCUUUAAUGGUGAGAAUGGGACACAUUAUAGCACUAUCCAGUCCAUGGUGAAAUAUGAGCUAGAUAAUGGACUAGUUGAUCUCGCCAAACGUGACAAAUACCCAGAGUCCGGCUGCCGAACCCUCCUAAGGCUGCACCGCGCUCUCCGCUGGCUGGAGCUCUUUCUGGAACGCCUGAGGACCAGCAGUGAGGACUGUAAGACCUCUGUGAUGUGCUCAGAGGCCUACAAUGAGUCCCUAGCUCAGCAUCAUGCUUGGAUCAUCCGCAAAGCUGCUGGCAUGGCGUUCUGUGUCCUCCCUGGACGCCCAACAUUUUUUGAAGUGAUGAAUGUUGGUACAUCGGAACAAGUAGUUUCCAUGUUGGGGGAUGCCCUGCCCCUCAUUUCUGAAGUGUACGACAUUACAGAGAAACUGUAUGCCCAACACGAGCUUUUACAGUUGCCAUAGAGAUAAUCUAUGAGACACUUUGCAUAGAGUUUGUGGGGACCCCUACUGUCUGCAGUAGACAUAAACAUCUUUUAAAUCAAUCUGAUUUCUGAAUUUCCUUUUUAUCCUGGAAUGGGCAUUAAUAUAGAUAUAGAUAAUAUUCUUGAAUUUCCCCUUGGGGAAUAUUGAAUAUAAAGGCAGACUACAGACUACAUUGUUUUAACAUUACAUUCACUACAUUAAAUUAUAUGUCUGAUAACUCUAUAUGAUUAAAAAGGGACAGUACGGGUAGUAAUGAGUCUACAACUAUGUCAUGGAUGUUUUAGUUAGUUUUUGUAUCUAUGUUUCUUGGUUAUGGAUGUGUUUAUAAUCACGAGUAGCCAAGAUUUCAUGGUCACUAAAUGUCCAUGUUAAAUAAACCUCUGAGAGAACUGGA